AUGGACCAGGCAGCUGUGGCGAGGAUGGGUGUGGUGGCAAGCGCCAGUGUGUGCACCCUGGUUGUGGGAGGGUGGGGGAUGCUGGCCCAGUACAUAUGUACCUUGAAGAGGAAGACAACGUGGAAGACCAAGAUUAUCAAGAUGUCUAUUCCAAUUCUACAUAUGAAAAUGAUGCAAGAAUUCCAUAGAAGUUGAGUUCAAAAUAAGAACCCUGUAAGAGUAGAAGAAAUGAUCUGUGGUCUUAUUAAGGGGGGAGCUGCCAAACUUCAGAUAAUAACAGACUUUGAUAUGACACUGAGUAGAUUUUCCUAUUAAGGGAAAAGAUGCCCAAAAUGUGUCAUUGACAACAGUAAGCUGGUUACUGAAUGCUGAGAAAAUUUACUGCAACUAAAGGAAAAAUAUGAUAUUGAAAUUGAUCCUGCUCUUAUCGUAGAAGAGAAGUACUCCUACAUGGUAGAAUGGUAUACUAAAUCACACAGUGCAGAAUCUGAUGUUAUGCUCAAGGAAGGGUAUGAGAAUUUCUUUGAUAAACUCCAACAAUACAGUAUCCCUGUGUUCAUAUUUUCAGCUGGUAUUGGUGAUAUACUGGAGGAGGUAAUCCAUCAAGCUAGCAUUUAUCACCCGAACAUCACAGUAGUGUCCAACUUCAUGGAUUUUGAUGAUAAUGGGGUGCUCAUAGGAUUCAAAGGCAAACUAAUUCCUUUAUUUAACAAACAUGAUGGUGCCUUGAAGAAUACAGAAUAUUUCAAUCGAUGAAAAGAUAGUAGCAACAUAAUUCUGCUGGGAGAUUCCCAAGGGGAUAUAAGAAUGGCAGAUGGAGUAGCCAAUGUUGAACACAUUCUGAAAAUUAGAUAGCUAAAUGAGGUGGAUGAGCUUUUAGAAAAGAACAUGGACUCUUAUGACAUUGUUCUAGUAAAAGAUGAAUCAUUGGAUGUAGCCAACUCUAUCAUACAGAAGAUUCUAUAA